AUGGGUAUCUUCGGGCAGACCAAGAAGGAUCCGAAGGAAAAGGUCCGCGAGCUUCAGAAGAAAUUGCGACACGAAAUCAGCGGGAUCAAGCGACAAAUUCAUCGGAUUGAAGUCGAGGAGAACAAGGUAUACAUAUUUAAGUUUAAUUGUCUUGUAUGAUGUUGUUUUAGGCCGCAGAAUAAUGUUUAAGAUGGUUUCAGGUAAAACGACAGAUCAAGGAAGCUGCAAAGAAGGGAGAUAAAGAUGUGUGCUUGGUUCUGGCGAAAGGAAUGAUUCAGUCGAGGAAGGUGAGAGAUUUUUGUGUUGUUUUUGAAAUUUAGGUAUGUUGCGCAAAGGAAAGUGGCAAAAACGAAUGGAAAUAGGGAUUAUCAUAAGGCUUACUUUUUGGUAAUAGCUAAGGAAUACUUUGAGGCAACUUUAGAAAGCAAAAUUGCCGAUGGAUGCUUUAUAUUGAGAUUGAACCAGCAAAUUUUUAUAUUUCAGAUUAAGUCAGCAUGACAUGUCCAUUAUUUUCGGUUUCUGCUGACUGUUUUUUGGGGUCUAACUUUAAUAUAGUUGAAUAAUGGUCCAUAGGCGUUGUUGAAGCUGAUUUCAUUUUGAAAAAGUUUCAUUAAGAUUGAAAUUUGAGAGUUUGUUGGUUUAGAUGUCUGGUAUAAGAUCCGCCUUUCAAUUUUCCAAAUUUCCAAUCUUAUUCUCCCAUUUUUAGACCGUAAACCGACUCCAUAUGAGUGUCACCCAAAUCAACUCGAUCAAUAUGCACAUCCAACACCAACUCAGUACACUUCGAAUGGCCGGAGCCAUCGGCCAAUCGACUGAUGUCAUGAAGAAGAUGCAGCAGCUCAUCAAAGUCCCCGAAAUCAUGGCCACGAUGCGUGAGAUGUCUAAAGAGUUGACCGCUGCUGGAAUUAUGGAGGAAAUGAUCGAGGACACGCUGGAAACACUCGAACCAGAGGAUUUGGAUGAGAAGGCCCAACGGGAGGUGGACAAGAUUUUGUGGGAGGUCACUGCCGGAGAACUGGGCAAGGCGCCGCUCGCGGAGUCGGCUGGACUUGGAGCAUCGACCAGCAAAGAGGACGAGAAGGCAAAACAAGAAGCGGAAGCACUGAUAGCAAAAUUGGAGGGCAUGCCACAUUAA